GGCGAUAGGGUUUCAGUCGUCGAGCCCCUCGCUUUGUUGAAACCCUAACCCUAACCCUAAAAUUCGGCGCAUGGAACCGCGGCGGCAGCAGCAGAACGGGCUAUCAUACGACAAUCUCUUCAAUCUCGAGCCUUUGAUGAACUUUCGAUUGCCGAAACCUAGCGAGGAGUUUGAUACUUAUGGGAGUAGCAGUCAGGAGGAGAGCACAAGUAGCCAAGGUCAGGGAGCAAUGACGGGUUACAGUAACGGAAGCAUGACUGAUAGGUCUUCAGGCCACACAAAGAAGCAAAAGAGGCGUGGGUUUGAACUUGAGACCGGUUUAAGCCCUUAUGGUAGGAGAGAUGCAGAUAGUAAUGAUCAAGAUGAUGAAGAUUAUAACACAAGAAUCUCUGAAGAUCAUUACCGCUCGAUGCUUAGUGAUCAUGUACAAAAGUAUAGGAAAGUUAGGGUUCCUGAUUCUUCAGUUCCAAAUGUGAGACGUAACCACAGCUCGAAGGCUGGGAAGUUUACCCAUGAGCCAUUUGUUAAAGAGGAAGCAAUGUUUCGUGAGAUGGAUAACUCGCCAGAAUACUUUGAUGCUGAUUUUGAGUCGGAUUAUGGUGGAGAGAAUAAGUAUGGUUCCCCUCUAGAUUCUUCCUACUUGGACAUUGGUGAGGGGAUAACGUAUAGGAUCCCUCCAACUUAUGAUCUGCUUGUGACUUCACUGAAUUUGCCAAGUUUUUCAGACAUAAGAAUAGAUGAGUAUUUUCUGAAGGGAACACUGGAUUUAAGGUCUCUAGCAGCAUUUGUUGCUAGUGACAGGAAGUUUGAGGCCCGGAAUCGAGGAGGGUUGGCAGAGCCUCAGCCACAAUAUGAAUCACUUCAAGCACGGCUCAAGGCUCUUUCUGCUAGCAACUCAAAUCAGAAGUUUUCACUCAAAGUGUGUGAUGAUCAUCUGGACUCCAUUCCGGAAGGA